AUGACUGAAGUUAAGCGCGCAUGCGCCUGUCUUCUUUUUGGCGGUACAGCCAAAAUUAUCAACGAUACCACCCGCAUCAGAGGCGACAUAAACGUCCUUCUGUUGGGAGAUCCCUCCGUCGCGAAGAGCCAAGUGCUGAAAUUCGUGGCUAAGCUCGCCCCUAUAUCUGUAUACACCUCAGGGAAGGGCAGCAGCGCAGCUGGUUUGACGGCAGCAGUGAUGAGACAAUUUCGCUUGGGUGGCUGCAUGUGUCUCGCGGACGGAGGCGUUGUGUGCGUGGAUGAGUUUGAUAAGAUGCAAGAGCGAGAUGUGGUGGCGAUGCAUGAGGCUAUGGAGCAGCAGACGAUAUCUAUUUCUAAGGCAGGGAUCAACACAGUAUUGAACUCCAGGUGCGCUGUUCUUGCUGCGGCAAAUCCGUCUUUCGGCAGCUUCGAUGAUGCACAAGACACGACGGAGCAGCACGAAUUCAAAGCUACAAUUCUAUCAAGGUUUGACUUGAUCUUCAUGCUGCGAGACAAAGAUGAUUACGAAAAGGAUACUCGCCUAUGUGAACAUAUUCUGUCUCUCCAUGCGAGAAGAGCCGCGCCGCCGCCACAAGAAGAGGGAGAAACGAUACCGUUUGAGGUGCUGCGGAGGUAUAUACAAUAUGCAAGGCAGCAGCAACAACCUCUCCUCUCUCUUGAUGCGAGAGACGCCUUAAAGAAUUUCUAUGUACAAACCAGGCAAGAUGUGCGAGAAGACAGGCGAUCAGUUACGCGAAAGAUUCCUAUCACUCUCCGUCAGCUGGAGUCCUUAGUUCGCAUUGCAGAGAGUUUCGCACGCAUGGAAUUGGCGCCUGCGGCCCAGGCUUCACACGUGAAGCGCGCCAUUGAUUUGUUCUCCGCUUCAACUGCUGAAACAGCGAAACACGCCCUCGUGUUCGAGUCCCUCACUCCUCUGCAGCAGAAAGCUAUCAAGCUCGCAGAAGACGCGCUCAUGAGCCGCCUACAGCCAGGGCAGCGAGCCCUCCGCCGUAACAUCGUCCGCGACCUGCAGCAGCAGGGUUACGACAAACUGGUGGUGCAGCGGUGA